AUGGUCUCCACGGUCCAGAACACCCACGUGAAGCAGAAUAACACAAGAAGCUUUAAGGCCCACAUUUCAAUUGAAUUCAUAAUUCAGGCGCUGCAGAGAGUGAACGAACGUCUGCUGGAGGAAAAUCCUGCUGAGUCGCUGCUGUUUGAUGUCGUCCUUAUCACCACCGACAGCCAGCAACAGCAGCAGAGCUCCCGCAUCAUCAGCAGCACCAGACAUUACGGUCUUGAAGUCAGCAGGUUCUGUUUUUCCAGCGAGAAGGAUUUCAUCGAAAGUUUACAGGAAAAUAACGUGCAACUCUUCCUGUCGACGGACAGAAAUGAGGCGCCGCAGGCAUCACAGAAAGGUCAGGCUUUUAAAAAAACAAUCAUGAAAUCCAAUUUAAAUGUUGACGGGCAACUGAAAACGAUGAUUUACAUUCUUGCUCUGCAGAAGUUCUCGGCUCAGCUCGGCGAGAUGCGUCAGAGGUUCGGCGUGUCGGACAGCCCUCUCAGCAUCGUCCUCAUGACGUCACACGGCGGCGGGGAAAGCUGCGCCGGCGCCCUGCGGACGCUGCGAUCGCGCGGCGUGAACGUGGACGAGGCGUACUGCCUGGCCGGGGCCCCGCGGGGCCCCAUCCUGUCGGUGGUCCGACCUCACUUCCUGCUCAGCGACGGAUUCAGCGGCCUGGAGGACUGAUGACAUCAUAAGGGGGGUGUACUGUCCCAUGAGGUCACAACAACCGUUGAAACAAGCUGCCGAAAAUCACCUGUUUGAAGGAAUUAUUACCGCCCACUGAGCCUUAAAAAGCCAAUCAGUGUCCUUAUGUAAAGCUAAGCUCCGCCCACAACCAAAAUACAAACCACAGGAUUGGACAGUCUGACUUUAUAUCUUUUGUAGACUAAUCUGUAUAGUUCAGAACAUUAAUACAUUUGAUAUUCCUCUGUUCUGUAAAAUUAAAACAAAUUAUCAUCAUAUUAGUUUAGUGAGAACUCCUAAAUAACUACAAAUAACGAAUAUUAUGAAAUCUGUUUAUGUUUGGUAACGCGUUUCUGGAUUUAAAAAUACAUAUAGUGACCGAUGUAUCGGCAUAUCAGAUUUUUAAAUAACCAAAUAUUCAGAUCUGUAUUGGCCCUAAAAUCCUUAUUAGUCGGACUCUAACCUAAGCGAAUCAGCAUGUGUUUAACUGGGAUACAGUCUAACCGCGGUGUUUUUAAAAGGUGAGUUGCUUUAAAUUUGUUGUGUUUGGCCUUUGACCCUUAAUGCUAGGACAGCUGAGCAGAUGCUGUUUAUAUUCUUUUGUUUCAUCAGUUUAAGUUCCAAAGUUUCAGUUUUUGAUUCAAAAGUCGUUUUCCUUCUGUCGGUCUGUUACUUUGUGUUUACUUGCAGCUGUAUGUCUGAUUACUGUCUGUAUUUUUAAACAUUUACAGGUCCUCUGCUGCUCUGUCACUUAGUUUUAGACUCAGCAGCCUCCUGUUUCUGAACCUUUGUAUAUAUGGGAAAAAAAGUGAUAAAUUAAAGAGCUGCAAAGUCCUGAAAGAUAAUAUUUGUUGUAUCCUGUGCACACAACAUUAGAAAUCUCAGUACUUGUCUA